AACAAUUCAUAUAUAAUUUCUAUCAUGAAACUUUUAAGUGUUUUAUUUUUAAUCACCUUCGUGUUUGGGAUCGAACUUCCAAUUUUCAACGAGAAAGCAAUGGCAAGAAUACAUAAACGAGAUGCAUGUAGUGGCAGUUGUGUGGAUGCUGCAAAGACCGAGGUUAACAAAUGUAGGAUUGGUCAAUCAAAUCCUUCUGAUCAAGAUCUUGUUGCUGAAUUCAAUUGUAUUUGUAAGCUCCCCGACAGCUUCUUCAACGACUUGAGUGAUUGUAUUAAAAAUUGUGAUCAAGUUGAUCAAGGUGGACUUGAUGGGUUUGAUUCUUCCCCUUCUGGCCUAAGGCAAUUAUACUGUGAUAGUGCUGCUUCGUUUUCUUCCCUUGUUCAAGAAUUCAGCGGAACUUUACCCACUGCUUAUGGAGGCGCAGCUGCAGGAAUUGGUGGUGGAUUAGGUGGUUUUGCUACACAAGAUGUAGGAGCCGCUGAGACUGAUACUGGUGUUGGUGGUAAUGGUGGUACUGGUACUGGCACUGGUACUGGCACUGGAACUGGCACUGGCACUGGCACUGGUACUGGUACUGGUACUGGCACUGGCACUGGCACUGGCACUGGGACCCAUACAACAAACACCAAUACCCAUACCACAAAUACAGCCGGAACAACAAAUGGAAACGGCUCAGCAGCAAAGACAGAUACAAGUGAAACCUCAAAGACUGAUACAUCAACUAAGGAAACAAGCCAUAAUGCAGCUUCGACUAUGGGUGUUUGUUCCAUCAUCUACUUAGUCAUUUUUGCAUUAAUUUGAGACCAGACUAUUAUUGCUUAGUUUGUAUUUGAGUAUUUAGUAUACUAUUGUAUAAUGUUUCCAUUUUAUUAACCAAUAUGAUAAAAUGUAGACCACAUUCAUCUAACCAGAUUUACAGAGACUAACCUGAAAUUUCCUGUAAAAGAGUGUUUGCUUUGUCUGUCUGUGGCAAGAGCUGUUGAUGUAAUCCAAGAUGGCAUUGUGAUUGUACCUUUUUU